AGAGCACCGGAAAGACUGAAGAGAGAGAAAGAGAGGCGCGAGAAAAAGGAAAAAAAAAAAAAAAAGAGAGACAGCUCCGCACAACGAAGAUGGCUUCCUCUGCAACAGCAGCAGCUGCAGCAUUCAUUUCUACGAAACUCAUAACUCAGCAAUCCUCGGACUUACCUCCUACUUCUGCUCCUACUCCUACUAGUAAGCUUUCCUUCCUUCCCACUCCCUCCAACAACUCUGCUUCCUUCAAACUCCUCUACGCCCCAAAUAGAAAUAGGUCCUCUCCUCCUGUUCUCAACGUUCUCAAAACCGCCGUUGAAUCCGCCUCCAUCUCCUUCUCCGACCCCACCCCUCGCCGUGAUUCAAUCCUUACCCCUCCCAAACCCACCAUUCUUGUCUCCGAGAAGCUCGGAGAAGCCGGCCUCCAGCUCCUCCGCACCUUUGCCAACGUCGAUUGCUCCUACAAUCUGUCCCCCGACGACCUCUGCGCCAAGAUCUCCCUCUGCGACGCCCUCAUCGUCCGCAGUGGCACCAAAGUCACCCGACAGGUCUUCCAGGCUGCUCAGGGCCGUUUGAAGGUCGUCGGCCGUGCCGGUGUUGGAAUUGACAAUGUCGAUCUGCAGGCUGCCACCGAAUUCGGCUGCUUGGUCGUCAAUGCCCCCACCGCCAACACCAUUGCUGCCGCCGAGCAUGCCAUCGCCCUCCUUGCUUCCAUGGCUCGCAAUGUUCCUCAGGCUGAUGCCUCCAUGAAAGCUGGAAAAUGGCAACGUAACAAGUACGUUGGUGUUUCACUGGUUGGGAAAACACUGGCUGUUAUGGGAUUUGGAAAAGUUGGUUCUGAAGUUGCAAGGCGAGCAAAAGGCCUUGGUAUGAAUGUUAUUGCACAUGACCCCUAUGCCCCGGCAGAUAGAGCCCGUGCCAUUGGUGUGGAUUUAGUCUCUUUCGAUGAGGCAAUUUCUACUGCGGACUUCAUUUCACUUCACAUGCCUCUUACUCCUGCUACUUCCAAGAUAUUUAAUGACGAAACAUUCUCAAAGAUGAAGAAAGGAGCACGCAUUAUAAAUGUUGCAAGGGGCGGUGUCAUUGAUGAAGACGCAUUAGUUAGGGCCCUUGACAGCGGUACAGUUGCACAGGCAGCACUUGAUGUGUUCACAGAGGAGCCACCGCCAAAAGAUAGUAAAUUGGUGCAACAUGAGAAUGUCAUUGUUACACCACAUCUUGGAGCAAGCACAAAGGAAGCACAAGAAGGCGUUGCAGUUGAAAUAGCUGAGGCCGUUGUUGGUGCAUUGAAAGGGGAACUUGCGGCAACUGCUGUAAAUGCUCCUAUGGUUCCUGCUGAGGUGAUGUCAGAGUUGGCUCCCUAUGUUGUCUUAGCUGAGAAGUUAGGAAGACUAGCUGUGCAGUUAGUAGCUGGUGGGAGUGGCAUCCAAUCUGUGAAGGUCGUCUAUAGAUCAGCUCGGGACCCGGACAACUUGGAUACCAGGCUUCUGAGGGCCAUGAUAGUGAAAGGCAUUAUAGAGCCAAUAUCCAUCUCAUUUGUAAACCUGGUAAAUGCUGAUUUCACAGCAAAACAGAAGGGCCUUCGGAUUAGCGAGGAACGAGUCUUUGUUGACUCCUCCCCUGAGUACCCUGUCGACUCAAUCCAAGUUCAAAUUAGCAAUGUUCAAUCUAAAUUUGCAAGCGCAUUGUCAGAGACAGGAAAUAUUAGCAUCGACGGCAAGGUGAAGUAUGGAAUCCCUCAUUUAACAGGUGUGGGAUCAUUUAGUGUGGAUGUUAGUUUGGAAGGGAAUCUGAUACUGUGCCGCCAAGUUGAUCAACCCGGAAUGAUUGGGAGAGUUGGGAAUAUUCUUGGAGAGAGCAAUGUCAAUGUCAGCUUUAUGAGCGUAGGAAGGACGGCUAAGAGGAUAAAGGCAAUCAUGGCCAUCGGAGUAGAUGAAGAACCUGACAAGGAUACCCUUAAGAAGGUGGGGGAAGUGCCUGCAGUUGAAGAGUUCGUGUUCCUUGAACUGUAGAGCGCUUUUGCUGGUGACAUGUUUUGGUGUCUUUCUGAGGAUUAUUUUGAGAACAAAAGGUGACUGCUGCUACCAAAACCAUGUGUUGCGCUCUAUCUACUUCCAGAAGGUGAGUUUUCACGGAAACCCUGUUGUAACUGUUCAUAGGGAUAUAAUUAUCUGUAGCAAAAUGUCAGGAAGUGAUUGUUGUUGCUUUGUUUUCAUUGUGGAACAUCAAUUGCGGUCUACUGCUGUAUAUUGGCUUGUAUUUUGUGUUUUUUCUGUGGGGCGGGCGGCCCUUUCAUAAAAUUUCAUGCAUUCUGCUUCGUAUUCAAUCUUCGUUUCA